GUGUCAUCACUAAAGAUUGAGUCAGUUUGUUAUGGCCAGCUGAAAUUUGGGAAAACUUUCGCUUUUAACCGCAGAUUUGGAAACCCGGGGCAACCAUGAAGGGCGGAACCUUCCGCAACACCCAGUGGGAUCCCACGCUGCUGUCGGCACAGAUCGUAUCGAUGCAGUUCUGCGUGUACUUCACCCUCGGCCUGCUCGUCUUCGUGGCCAACAAGUUGUCCGGGGAUAACUACAGUCUGGAUCACUUGUUCGAGUACCAUGAGAUACACAUCUACGAUUUGGGAGGCAGGCUGGUGAUCUGCGCCUUCAUGUUAAAUGCUUUCCUGGCCUCCCUGGCACUGUGGUGCAUCGUGAGACGAGCCAAGCUCUGUCUGGACUUCAGUUGCACCUUCCACGUCCUGCAUUUGCUCAUCUGCUGGUGGUACAACCGCUCCUUUCCCGCAAACGCAUCCUGGUGGCUGCUCAACGUCAUCACAGGCACGAUAAUGUGCAUAGGCGGCGAGUUCCUCUGCCUGCAGACCGAAAUGAAGGAGAUUCCCGUGGGCUAUGCGGCCCUCAAUCAAAAGUCGGACGUCUGAUUCUAAUCCACCAACUUGUGAUGCAUGCUAGCUUCUCGAACCAUCUUCUUUGUAAAUGUAAUUUAUUGUUAAACUAGCGUUAGAUUACAUAGCAUAUAAACACUAUAUUGUACUCCUAUCAA